UCUUGCUUAGGACGUUAGCAGGGGGAAACGUCGCAGGGGAAGCGUGUAUCUCUCAGGUACCCCUCACAAGACGCAUCUUCUUGCUAGAACGACCCCGAGCGUUGACUCACUUGGCUUCUUCGAGGAGCGAGGAGGGUUUUUCCCGUCAAAGCGAAAAGGAAGCUAGGAGGUGGGGGGCGCAGCGCCCCUGCUGGCGGCAAGGCGAUGGGCUGCUGUGCGAGCCUGCUGAAGUGUUGCGUGCGCGCGGAGACAGAGAACCCCCUGCUGGACGGCCGGUAUCUUGGAGGUGUCGGUGACGAACCGCAGCAGGUGGAUCUUAACCUCGACUUCGAGGAGCUCCGAGAUGUGCAGUACCUCACAAACGGCGGCAUGUGUUCCAUCUACACGGCGGAGUGGCGGGGCCGCCGCGUCGUGGUCAAGAUGCCCCGCGACGACUGCGCCCAGCCCGAGGUCGCCCGGAAAGACCUCGAGACGGAGAUAGACAUCCUGCAGCGCUUGCAGCACCCCAACAUCGUCGAGAUGCUCGGCGCCGGUUUCGUUAACCCCCUCGACGUGGGCCCCGAUGGGGGCGGGGGGGAGCGCGGGGAGUUCCGCGACUUAGAUCAGGCAAACGCAGAGUCGAAGAGAUUCGUGCUGCUGGAGUAUUUGGUGGGAGGCACGCUGACGGAGUCUAUGUUGACGCGGAAUCCGCCGGCGGACGGGAUGAUGAGCUCGGUCGUAAGGCGCUGGCAGCAGAACUGGCAGUUCCCAACCAAGAAGGCGAUAGAUAGCGCGCUGCAGCUGGCGUCGGCGCUGAGUUACCUCCACGGUAGGGCCAUCGAGGGGAGCUUUGUGGUGCACCGCGAUCUCAAGCCGGAAAACAUCGCCUUUUCUGGCGACGGGCGUCUCAAGCUCUUCGACUUCGGGCUAGCGAAGAUCGUUCGGCGGAGAGGCGGGAGGCUAUCCCAGCGGUACGAGAUGACGGGCGAAACAGGGUCGACAAGGUACAUGUGCCCGGAGGUGGCGAUGCAGCUGCCGUACAACGAAAAGGCCGACGUGUACAGCUUCGGCUUGAUCCUGUGGGAAAUGCUCAGCCUGCGGCGGCCGUUCGAGGGCCUGAACCGAAAGGAGUUCGUACAGAGCGUCAUCAAGGGGGGGCGACGACCCCCCCUCCAGCAGGAGUGGUCCGCCGCUCUCCGAGAGCUGAUGCGGCGGUGCUGGGACGAGGAUAUGGAUACGCGACCUGAGUUUGAAGAGGUGGAGGAUACGCUCCUCCAAAUAACCCACAGAGAAGCCACAUGGGGAGGGAUGCUGAGUGGCGCCACCCCUUCCACCGCAGCCCCCUCCUCCUUCUCCUCGGCGUCGGCGGCAAAUGGUAUCAACAACGGCGGCAGCGGCAACGGUGGCGGUGCGGGCUCACUCAACGGGCGAACAGGGGGGCCGAAGGCCGGGAGGGAAGGGGGGGAGGGGUUGAUCGUCGGCGUGGGCUCGUCGAACGGGGGCGGGGGCGACAUCCUGCCAGAAACGCGAACGUUAGUGUGAGAACCCGCGGUGGUGGCGCCUUGUCGCUCUUGUCCGUGAAGACCUAGCUGGGGAGGGGACGACAGUAGAGGCCUCGGGGGAUGCGACGACAAGUGGAGCGGGAUGAUAGCGAGGCGUGUUGUCCCCCCCAUGGGGAGACGGGGAAACGAGAGCCAUGCCGCGGCCGGCUUCGAGUGGAGGCGGCGUCGUGCUCGUUUUGCGUUUGAUUUAUUUUCUGCCCCAAGAAAGAGCGGCUUGCUUUGUGCCGCCGUCCCAUUUUUUUCGCCCUUGGGCCGCCACGCCGUGUUCCAUUUUUUCGCCCGCAGGCCGCCACGCCAUGUAACGCAUUUGUUUUUCGUGUGAUGGCGAGGUUCGCCAAAGGCUGUUCCGAUCCCCGCCUGUGCCCAAAUGGAGACCUCGUGUUGGGCGAGACGGGGGAUGGGGGGUGUGACGGAAGAGUAUUAUAUAAGCAGCAGCGCGUGACAAUUCAUCUGGUUUCUAAGUGCGCACGACGCACGACCGGCCACAUCAUGAGAAAUCCAUUUUAUCUCUUACGUCUGGCCGUGCUUGUCUCUGGGUUAUUUUUUUUUUGUUUUUUGUUGCUGUUGUUGUUGCACUCCAGUUUGGUAUAAUAGGCGAUGGAUGCAAGUGUGCUUCACUCCUUAUCUCCACGGUGCAGCUUCGCGGGGGAUGAUGGGUGGUAGCAUGGCUUGUGCACGCGAGGGGUUGAGGGGAGUAGAUGAGGAACAUGUACGGGGAGCACGACAAUAUAAAAUAGUAGUGGAGCGCAAGAUGGCAGCGCAAGUGCGGAGGUGCAGGAGCUCGCACUUGCAGUGCCGAGCCAACAAAGCCAGGUGUAGUGCCGGCAAUGGCCACAACAGCGAUCAGAAGUCACGUUUGUCGCUGCGUUUUUUACCAAAUGGAUGUCAGAGAGACGUUGCAGGUUUGCCGCUUGGGAAACAUGUGCAUGCGGCGGCGGCGCAGCCAUAGCGGUGAUUUUCUCGUCGUUGAAGUAGGGGGCCGACAGAUAGCAACCGGUGGAGGUACUAGGUGUGUGUCGGCCCUAUUUUUUUGCCGCUUUUUGGGGCUUGAUCCCCGCGGCCUUUCACUUGAGUCAUUUUUUCCGGUUGUCGGCGGAGGUUCACCAUUGGUGACAUUGUUUUUAGUAUAGUACACCCUUUCAGUGUACCGAUGUGCCAACCAACACUGCUGUUGUGAGAAAGCACGUCUGCGGGAGCGGGGUGGGGGUCUGGGCUGAAUCUCCAGUCGAGCGGCGGCGGGGCUUUACGGGGGGACCGUCAGUGGAGGAAGGGCGUGACUUGCACUUGUGGCUCUUUUCCUAGCCGAGUGGCAACGAGUAGUGUCAGCGCCUGCCGGGGUUGCUACUUGUCAUGGAAUAUCCCAUCAAUUUUGCGUGCUAGAACACUAGCUGAAAUAGUCCUCGGAACGGCUUCCGCCAGGUGGUCUGGUGUAGGCCACUUGAAGGUUGUUUCAACGGCUGCCGAGUGGACACUUUGUUGCGGAAUACUGGUAGGUACUAGCAUUUUUUUUUUUUUUUGUGGCCUGGCUAGUUUGUUGACCAAGUUUCUGCUUGUGAAGAAGGCGCAUAGAACCGAAUGCACGCGUUCUAGGAAAGUCGUUUCGUGUGAUGAUGCUGUGGGCUCGUUGUGAAAUGAGUCGGCACGGACGGGGGGAGUGGG